UGAACCCUGCUUUGGUAUUGCGGUAGUUGGUUCGCACUACCACACGAAGCAAACACGUGCAAAAAAUGGAGCCAACUUCAGAAAAUGUAACCCUGUCACUACAAAACUAGGGAAUGUCAAGUCAAUCCACCACUACAAUAAUGUAAUAUCCAAAAUAUAAUGAUCACUACAUACACGACUGGAAUCCGCUAAAAAGCUUACUGUUCACCCGGAAGUCCAUUCUAAGUCCCACAAUACCCCACGCUAAUACAUACUGUCGCUAUUGAGAAGAGAGUUGAUUAGAAAAAAUCUUGAAUAUUUCAUAAACAUGGCUUCAGUAUUAGUUUCCAGAGUUUGCGACAGUAACCCUGCUACCCCGGGAACCCAGUCAUUAAAGGAUGAUAUGGAGGAGAGUUCUAAUGAUGGAAGCCAGACGCUCAAGAGAAGACGGAUGGGUUCAGGAGAUAGUUCAAGGAGCUGUGAUACCAGCAGUCAAGACUUUGGCUCUCACUACUUCCCAGCAGAAAAUCUCAUAGAAUAUAAAUGGCCACCAGAUGAGACUGGCGAGUAUUACAUGCUUCAGGAGCAAGUCAGUGAAUACCUUGGAGUAACUUCAUUUAAACGCAAGUAUCCAGACUUGGAACGACGUGACUUGUCUCAUAAGGAAAAGUUGUACCUCAGGGAAAUGAAUGUUAUUACAGAGACGCAGUGCACUUUAGGUUUAACAGCUUUGAGGAGUGAUGAAGUAAUUGAUCUAAUGAUUAAAGAGUAUCCAAACAAACAUGCUGAAUAUUCUGUUAUACUACAAGAAAGGGAACGACAGAGGAUCACAGAUCGAUAUAAGGAAUACUCUCAAAUGCAGCAGCAAAACACACAGAAGGUAGAACCUGGUAAAGUUCCUGAAUACAUCAAGAAAGCUGCCAAGAGAGCUGCAGAAUUCAACAGCAAUUUGAACAGAGAGCGAAUGGAAGAGAGAAGAGCAUAUUUUGACUUGCAGACACAUGUUGUCCAGGUGCCACAGGGCAAGUAUAAAAUUCUUCCUCCUGAAUUAACGAAAGCGGGCCCCUAUCCAGUGGCAUUGAUUCCAGGCCAGUUCCAGGAAUAUUACAAAAGGUAUUCCCCUACGGAGCUUCGCUAUUUACCAUUAAAUACUGCUCUCUACGAACCUCCUCUUGAUCCUGAGCUUCCUGCUCUUGACAGUGAUGGUGACUCUGAUGAUGCAGAAGAAGGAAGGGUUGAAGAAAAGAAGAAAAUAAAAGGUUCUUCAGGUAGCUCUUCUGGCAAUACAUCAGAUGGAGACAGUCUCACUGACUGUCUAGAAGACUCGAAUCAGGGAAAGCAGAAGUCAAAGGAGAAAACAACUACACCAGGAAAAGAAGGUUCCAAACGCUCUGGAACACCCAAGUCGGUUCCUGGGUACAAGGUAGAAGAAAAAAGCCCCUGA